ACCGGAUCAUGUCACCUCAAAAUAUCAGUAUGCAUCGAAAACCUUGUAUCAAAACGAGCACGCGUGCGAAUGUGCGAUACAUUCAAAAGCGCGCCAACUUCCUCGAAAUCGGGCAAAAUUCCCAAUUUCUUCAAAUUUCCAACCCCAAACCUCGAAAUUAGGGAUUAAUUAGUAGGGUUCAAAUUCAGAAAGGGGUUUCCUCAAAUGUUCAAUUGAUCUCAGAAAGAUGAAUCUGGGGGACCUGAACAAGGUGUGGGAAAUCAAAACUCUGAAAAGAAAGGAUCGGGAAGAUGAAGCCAGGAAGAUUCUCGAGAAAAUUGCCAUACAGGUCCAGCCCAUUAUGCGCAAUCACAGAUGGCGCGUCAAGAUCCUCUCUGAAUUCUGCCCGAACAACCCUCGUCUUCUGGGGUUGAACGUGAACCGCGGCGUGCACGUGAAGCUGAGGCUGCGUAGGCCGAACAAGGAUACGGAUUUUUAUCCCUUUGAUCAAGUUCUUGACACAAUGCUUCACGAGCUUUGUCACAAUAUUCAUGGCCCUCACGAUGCCAAGUUCUACAAGCUAUGGGAUGAACUUCGAAAGGAAUGUGAGGAGCUGAUGGCUAAGGGAAUAACUGGCAGUGGAGAGGGGUUUGAUCUUCCAGGGAAACGUUUGGGUUUUUCACGUCCGCCUCCUCUUUCUUCUCUCCGGAAAACUGCACUUGCUGCUGCAGAAAAGAGAGUCCUUUUGGGAUCCCUGAUGUCAUCUGGACCUAAGCGUCUUGGUGGUGAUAACAGUAUUAUGUCAGCACUUAGUCCGGUGCAAGCUGCUGCAAUGGCUGCAGAGAGGAGAUGGCAGGACGAUAUCUGGUGUGGAUCGGUGUCUUUUGAAGCUUCAAAGGAUGGAGAAUGCAGCUCUGAUAAAUCAGAUAAAUCAGAGAACUAUGAAAAUAUAAGGCCAAAUGCAGGAAGUUCAAUGUCCCACAGUGGUGCAAAAGCACAUUCCUCAGAUAAAUUAUUGGGGACUCACAGUGGUGUGAAAGCACAUUCCUCAGAUAAACUAUUGGGGAAAAGAAGUCGUGAACUAAAUACCAAUAGUCAUUUGCAGUCUUCCAAAUCCAAUUUAGGUUACCAAUUUGUAGAUUUAUUGAGGGAUGACUCAAUAUCUGAGUCCAUGAUCGAUUGUGACAUCACACCGCAAAAGAGAAGUCGAGAAUCAGAAAACAGUUCAAUAUUUCAUUCUAAUCAUAAUUCUAGAUCUAGUGUAGAGGAUAUGUUGGGCGUUUCAUCUUCUGGCUCCAUGUCUAAUAAUGAAGGAACACAUAACCCAGAAGCAACUGCUCUUUGGCAGUGUGGAACGUGCACUUUAUUGAAUCCCCCGUUAGCUCCAAUAUGCGAGGUUUGUAACACAAUGAAACCAAAGGAUGUUGGUUCAAAUUAUAAAUUCUGGUCCUGUAGAUUCUGCACUUUGGAAAACUGUGUGAAGUUAGAGAAAUGCUCAGCAUGUGAUCAGUGGAGAUAUUCACAUGGCGCGCCAAUAGCAAGCCACGCACCAAAUCUGGGCACUUGAGUGGCACUGCAGUGUAAAAUUAUAAAUCAUCGGCCUUCAAUGUGUAGUUUUUGAAUUCAAAUUUUUGAUAACUUUGCCUUUUGGUGUUGCCAUUUAAGUCGGUAAAUUGUUAAGUGUUGAAUAUUUUCUUGUUUGGUAAGACUAUUUGCAUCGUUGUGGAUUUUGGUUUAUGUGCAGAAUAACUUCUGAAC